AUGAACCACGCGGUAAAGUGCUUAGUUGAAAAAUCAAAAUGUGGAAAGGGGAAAAGGAAGAAGCUCAAAAAUACCUUAAGUGAUCGGGUUAGAGGUUUCGUGGAUGAAGAGCAUUCCCUGCACUACGACGUGGAUCUGUUCCACUACUUGAGUUGUCUGAGCGAGAGGAAAAGUAACGCACACAACUGGCAAGGGGAUCAAAGUGCACACGCCCUGAUAAACUUCAUCAUAGAGGAGCUCGUAAAGAAAAUUCAACAGAAAAGGGAAAGAAAAGACCCCACAGUGCAGACAAAUAAGCAGUGUAGCCACAAUUCUGACACAGCGAUAAAAGGGUACCAUGACGAAAAUGACAUUAACAUAAAGGAAAAAAUUUCAUUCGAACAGAUAAAAAAUUACGAUGAAACAAAUUUAAAGCACAUGUUCUUUAUAGAAAAUAUUAACAUAGACUACAACGGAAGGAAGGUGGAACUCUCCCCAUUUAAAAGUACCAUAAUUGGGGAGACUGCAGUGACGACGGCAAGUGGCAAAGUGAGCCUAAUUAAACACAAAAAAUCCAAGACCAAAAAGAAGCUAAAUCUGCUCAAGUAUGCUAAUCAUAGGAACACAUCUCCAUGCACACGGAUGCAGAAGUUGAAAGUAUGUGUAAACCGAAAAAUAGAUAAUUUGCUAAGUUCCCAGAUCUGCUUAAAUGAUCAUCAUUUUUCGCUUAACUCGGAGGGGAUCCAGUUUUUGUAUUUUCUGCUCCUGUGCGAUUGUUUACAUGACGGUUUGUACGAGAACGGGUCGCAGGAAGAACAGGGGGGAGGAGGAGAGGAGGAGAAGCAGCAGGAGGAGAAAGAGAAGAAGAAGAACUAUGACAAAUGCACCAGUAGGAACUACUCAGAGUGGGAAAAACAAGACGAUGCAGAGGGUGCAUUGGAGAGAUCAGAUGGGAACGACUCCCCCUGUGGAUACUUCAACAUGAAGAAAAUCAUGACAAAUAUGGAAGCCGAAAUGGUGAAAAUGGGACAGGAGCAAAAUAUUUUUUUAAGUCUUUGUGCCCCGGUAAUUCACUUAGACUUCAGCAAUGGUGUCAAUUUUGUGGAUUGCCUAAAGGAGGUACUAUAUGCGUCUCUACCAAAUGGGGCAACCACCUGUGAUAAUGACAGGGAGGUUAUGCCAAGUGAUAAGAGCAGUGGACUCCGCACCAGGGGGCGAAAGAAAGCACAGAAAGAGCGUGAUCGGGAGGACCCCUUGCUUCAUGAUCGGGAGGACCCCUUGCUCCAUGAUCGGGAGGACCCCUUGCUGCACGAACGGAAGGACCCCUUGCUGCACGAUCGGGAGGACCCCUUACUGCACAAUCGGGAGGACCCCUUACUGCACAAUCGAGAGGACCCCUUACUGCACAAUCGAGAGGACCCCUUGCUGCACGAUCUGAUGAAUGACCUGCUAAAAAUUUGCGCACAAAUCAAGCCGUUACUUUUCGACAUCGUGGAGGUUAACCAUAUUUGCAAGAAGGUGGAGUGGGUUAAGCUUCCCGGCGGGAAGGGCGGAGAGAAGGAUAGCGAAAGGGACGGCGAAGUGGACAGCGGGGACAUUGCAAAAAAACGAACCGCAAACGAAAGGCGCGAAAGGCACCUCCACCUACUGCUCUGCUUAGUGGGGAACGAGAUAAGCAUCUACGCCAUUCCGAAGAGCCAUUUACUCCUCAAGUUGUACGACUCGGCAAAAAAUGAACCCACCUCUGUAGAAUCAACAGAAUACAUAAAGCAAAAAAUUGCGGACACAAAAUUCGAAAAGGUUUUUUCAUACCAGGAUGAAGAAGCGCUCACCGAUUUUUCCUACUCCAUUUGUGUAAGUGACAAUCAGAGGUUCUUAAAAAUUGCCUUAACGUUUAAUAGCACCAGAAUAAAAGUGUUGAGUGUCUAUUUGAGGGAGAUAAGUAGAUAUGCGAAGAUCACCCGCUUUAUCGAAAGGGAGGAGACUACGAAUGCCUGCGUGCAUACGUGUGCGGAUUAUUUGCUUAGCCAUUUUAAGAACCCCCUGGGGGAUGGUACCCACUUGGAGAAAGGGACCAGCCAUAGGGGGGAAACAGCACCAGGAGAAGAAGUACCCUUAGCGCAAGAGGCGCUACACAUAAAAGAACUUCCUCAAUCAGGGAAAGAUACACAUUGCGUGGCUUUUCACGAAGAUAUCCUACACCUACAACAAGGCAUCAUAUCCGUGUGCUCAUUUUACCCGUGCCUGAAUUCCUACCUUCUCUGUGUUAGCUCCAAGGAAGGAGAAAUGAUAAUAAUAGACAUAAGGAGCAACAACGAGCUUUAUUUUUUCAAGCGGAAGACAGAGAGUGUGACUCACAUGAGGUGGUAUGAAAAUAGCUGCUUGUCUUUUGGACAAGAAAAAGGAUGCAUCAUUCAUCUGUUCGAGAAUAAAUAUUUUUUAAAUAUCGAUAAGGAUUGGACUAGCCAAGUAGAUAUCAUAUGCAUACAUAGCUCGCUCCUCAACGACAUGCAUCUGUUUCUGUUUGAUGAUGGGACUGUGCUUAGGGGUAAGUUGAAGGGGAACUUGUCAAAGGUUAAAAUUAGUGAAUUGUUUCUGUGGAAGACGCCAAAUUUUGAGUUAGAUCCCGAGGUGCUACUAAGCAUUAGCGCAGAGAAGGGAGACGAAACCGAUUCCGUGUCACGUAUACUGUUGUAUGAAUACCUGCAGGGGUUACAGAGCAUUUUUAGGAACGGGGUUAGGAUAGGGAAGUCCAAGGCCGUUGAGGCGAAUGCGCGCGAGAAGACGAUUGCACUGACGCCCAGGUGGUGA